AUGACCCGCGGGACGAAAACGGGUGAAAAGGGCGUGAAACUCUAUCUGGACGAAGCUGCUCGAGUGAAACGGGGGAGGCGAAAAUUUCGUUAAGGAUGAUUUUGCUUAAUAAAAGGGUGCGAAACUGGCAUCCGGCGAUCAAAACAGAACCAUUUUACGCCUUUUGCAACAUUUUUCGUCAUCUAAGUGAAUGGCUCCCAAAUAAGGUUUCUGGAGGCCGUUUUUAAUUAAAAGAGUAACAAAAAUGCAUAGAAGAGAGGCAGAAAAGACGUAAAAUGCUGCGCAAUUCCUGAGAAGUGGAACGAAUUGAAACAAAACUUGAAAAAAAAAAACAAAAAUUGAGCGAUUUGCAAAUAACGAUUUGAAAGAUAAGAAAUGACACUAACAGGGUAAACGUUAUCAAAAAAACAGGCGCAAACAACUUUUUUCUCACGUUUUUUUUGAACAUUUUUUUUUCGAAAAGAGUUGCGAUGAAUGGAGAAAGGUGGGAAAAUCAAGUAGCUACAAAAAAACACCUGAAAAGCGGAAAAUACAGAAAGUGGAAAAGGGAUAGGCUUCUUUUAAAACUGUUUUUGGAGCCUUUUUAAGUCUUCCGGAUUCAGAAAGUAAGGUGUUUCACCAAAAAAAGGUUUGUAGUUCAAAAAAAAACGUCAGAAAAUUACUGUUUAAGCUUGAAAAAGUCGAAGAAAAACUUGGCAACCUUAAAAAUCACGUUCUAUUAAAUUCAAAAAAACCCAAUAGAGUCAUUUAAAAAAAUACAAAAAAAUAAUCGAAAAAGGCCUAAAAGUAACUAUUCAACCUUUGUUAGUUGCCCGAAAACUUCGAAGACCCACGGAACAGCGAUUCGGGGGGAGAGGCAACAGCGCGCCGACGGAGGAGCCCCCCUGCGUCUCCGACCACCCGGCGACUCCGCCCCGAGGCGAAGAGUGUCUGGCGUGUCUGUCAGGCUGAGAUUCCUGGCGACGCCGAACUUCGUCUUCUCAGACCGACUUCAUGGUGAGCGGCUACCGUAUCGGCAUGCACUUUCUCGCCUCUGCACUACGAUUCCUUGAGCCCAGGUAGGAGCUCGGGUCGUUCUCGAAACCUUGGCCCCAGCUUAUUCGCAGUUAUGCCACUAGUUCCGUCGAAAAAAACUGCUUCUCUAAUCCAGUGUAGACCUUUGUUCAUUAUUGUCUCAAGCCAAAGCCAUUCAUAGUAGAUUUUUUGAAAUUCUCCGUGUUAUGUCAGCACCUUCAAAUAUCCAACUCACAGAUUUUUAAAUUUUGAAGCUUUCAUCAGUGUAGAUUUGAGCCAAUUUCGACUUUUGAGCUUUUCCCAGCAAGCUGACCAUAUAAUUGUGGGGUUCAAAACAACUUCCACUUUAGAUGAGAUCAUAGAAGUGUACUUCACCUUUUUAUUAGCUUUUAUGUACUUUUUUUGUGAUUAUUUUAUGGUCAAAUUUUUGAAAAUCAUAUUUUUUAUAUCUUUUCUGCGGAAAAUAAAUUUCUUCAAAUUCUUAAACAAAAAUUGAGGAAAUGCUCUCGAAUUCUAGACUUGAAAAGCUAGUUUUUGGAGCCUUUUUUUGCUUUGUAGUUGAAAAUUUGAUACUAUGACAUUUUUGUGGAAAUCUUUGAAAUACAUUGAAAGAAUGUUUUCAAGCCCUUUCUGAGCCUUUUUUCUCCAUUAAAGGCACAAUGAAAACGACAUCAAAAGCUUUUAUUUAUUUCGAAAAAAAAGUUUGCAAAGGAACAUUUAAGAAUCUAAUCAGAGCAGCUGCAAUAAAUUGAGUCACACCUGACUUUUGUACCCUCAAAAACCCAACAAGCUGUUUUGGGAAUUAACUACAAAUAACCUCCCAUUUACUAUGUACUUUUCAACGUCACUUUCUCAAGUUAGCUCUACACUUCAACACUUGAUUAUUCCUUUUUAUACCUGAUCUCAAAAACCCUCAAUUAUAUCCCCUUCUUCGAGGAAAAAUAUUUCUAAUGUGUAGAAAAAGGGACCCGGAAAAAAGGAGAAGGAGAUAUCUUCUCAUGAUAUUUUGGCUGGAUUUUCUUUUUGCAAUUUCUAAAUGCGAUGUAUACACGAAAACGCGAGGAGGGCACGCUGUUGGGUUCGAGAAUUUAUUUUGCUCUCCUUUUCGCUUUUGCGAGGCACAAAUGUAAGCUUUACGCGGCCCAAGUGACAACUGGUCAAAAGACAUUGAACCGCCAUGAAAACCGACUACAAUACUCUCUUUCUUUUUAGAGUCGACGACGACUUUGUCGACCGAUUACAUUACCUCUACACCUCGACGAUGGUUCUCAUGUUCGCCGUUUUGGUUUCCGCAAAACAGUAUGGUAGGUAUUACUCGAAUGGAGAAGUCUGUAUUGAAAAGAGAGAAAAAAAAGGAAGAAAAUCUUCUCUGAAAAAUUCCACAUUAUAUGAUGGAAGCAGCAAAUGGGGUAAUGAAUGGCGGAAGAAAAAACGAAAAAUGUCUUAAAGGCAAAAUUUGAGCUUGAUGAAACGCUCCAAAACAGUAAACUUUGAAUAAAAAUAGACCUUUCUUUGUUUUUUUGGAGACAUUUUGUUACAAAGAAAGAUUCAAAAAAAAGAAAUAAUGAAUAAAUAACAAAAAUUUGAAUAAAAAAUGAAAAAUUUUCGGUAUUUGUUAAAUAUCUCGUUCAUGUGCGCUCCACGGCACUUCUGUUAUCUCUUAAAUGACCCCUCAAGAGCGUCAUUAAGACGCCUUAUGAGUUUUCUUUGAAAAAAAUCGUUUUUUUUCAAUUUUUUUCCACUUUAUUUAUGUUUUUUUUGUUGAUUAAUCUGGAGCCAUGUAACUUCAGAAAACCGUGUAUUUCUUUCACGAUUUUUUUGUCUUUGAUUAUAAAUUAAAAUUUUUCUUUUAAUUUUUUUUUUUCCAUAACCUCUGGUUAAUUUUGCUUUCUUUAACCAUUUUAUUGAGUUCGGAUAGUUUUAAAAAUUUGAAUUCCGGUCUCAAGGCGUAUUUUGCAUUUUAUUUUACCAACGACCAAAUAUUAUCAGCUGUGUUGUUGUUUUUGUUGUGGGUAUAUUACGUUUCGAAAUUGGAGUCAUGUUCCGUCAAGGCGUCGCGUUUGCUUCGAAACGCAAUGUGUGCAUGUACAUUUUGUGUAAUAGUCGAUGCUCUUGUCUAUCACAAUCAAUUCGCCCUCGCAGCCAAAUAACUCGCGCUAAUAAAUCUCAAUCACACUGACCUCAUGAAAAAAGAGCAGAAAAAAACGAGUUGUUUUCUUUUCGUUCUAGUUAAAAAUCCUUCAUUUUAGGAAAGGAAUAAAGGAAGCUACUGUUUUGAGUAUGCUCAUCUUGUUAGUAGGAAAUGCUACUCUCAAUUCUUAAUAAGAUGGCUCUAAUGACACGAAGCAUCUCCGUUUCGCUCCAGUGAACAAAAAAAUGAGCUAAUUUGUUCAAAAAUUAUAGAAGUAUGUCAAUUUUUGAGGAAAGUUAGAUGGGUCUAAUGACAAAAAAAUCAUUAUAGUGAACAGGGGAGUAAAAUUUAUUUAUGAAAGUAAAUCCUAUUAAAGUAUAUUUCUGGAGUUUUGAAAGCCUCACAGCGUAUUUUUCACAAGGUAGCUCGCUUCAAAAACCCUUUUUUUUGUUUCGAAUUACGAUAAUUUUUCCGUUUUUUUGUUCAUAAAAAAACGUCAGUAAAAGCUUUCAAAAAAAAUAUAAAUAUAAUUCCUAAAAAAACGGAUCCUUUUUGUUUUUUUCUCUUACCCAUAACGACUGCAAAAUCUAAUCUGGCAAAAUUUUCCUCAAAAUGAACCUUUAGGAAGUCUUUUCUUUUUAUUUUGUACUUUUUUUCUAAAAGAAAAUAUUUCAGUUGGUCAUCCAAUAGAAUGUUUCGUGCCGGCUCAGUUCACGAGAGCGAUGGAGCAGUACACGGAGAACUACUGUUGGGUCCAAAAUACCUAUUGGGUUCCUUUCCAGGUGCAUCCUUUGGUUCCAAGUUGAAACAAUAAACGGAAAAAAAAUUGGCAGCUCAGCAAAGAGCAGUUGUUAGAAAUGACGAGAAAGCCCGGCAGGUGCAGAUUUGUGUCAAAAAUAAAAGAGAGACCACACCGAGGCUUGCACUCGAGAGAUUGUUUUUGGAUCACCGCGAAUAGUAAGAUCCCGAGUUGCUAAGUAACCAGUUUUAAUGAAGAACUUUUAAAGAUGAUAUUAUUCUGAGCUCGUCUGAACCUCAACGCGGUCGCGAAGCGGUUUUCUCCAGCGCGCCCGACAAAAAGCUACUUUCGCGCGGACGCUUGUCAAACAUCAAGAAACGUAGUCGAGGGCUUGACUUUGACGUCUUUAGUAUGUCAAAAACCUAUCUUUUAUCCAUUUGUGUUUAAAAUAAGGAUUUUGACACGAUAAGCGAAACAGUGUGCAAGAGAAGAGGUUCAGACGUUUGUAGCUCUUCAUUUCCUAACUUUGGCCUAGGUUCUCAAAGAGACAAAUUGCUGAGAAUUUUGAAACAUUAAGAGGUCUUUAAUGAAUCGAAAACCUAAAUUUUAAUCACGACUUGCUAAAAAAUACGGAAUUUGACGCGAAAGAAUGUGCGGAAAAAAGAGAAUCAGACACAUUUUUGUCCCAAAAUCAGGCUUUUUCAGGGCUGGCCCGGGCAAGCCUGCCCAAGAUAGCGUUGAUUAGAGUAUACACGACAGUUAGGAAACCGGAGCCUUUUUUUUUUUUUUGAAAAACACGAUCGCCAAUUACCAAGUCACUUCAUGCUCACCGUUUCUGUCCUUGUCAGGAAAAUCGAAAUGUCCGACUUUUGCAGGAUCUGAUUCCCCAUCGGUUAGACGACCGGGAACGCCGUCAGUUGGGCUAUUAUCAAUGGGUUCCGUUCGUUUUAGCCGUCGCCGCUUUGAUGUUCCAUAUUCCUUCGUCGGUCUGGAGGAUGCUGGCCGGCCAGAGCGGUAAUCUAUCUUGUUAUUUCGAUGAUAUUGUCAAAAUAAUGAUAAUCCACCACCUUAUAGAAGAAAAAAGCUCUUAAGAACAACCUUUGAUGUCGAAUAAUUGGAAAUUUAUGUUAGUAGACCAUUAAUGAAGUUCGGGUAUUUCAGGAAAAAAAGGUCCAAAUUUUAUUUUCUCUGAGAAUAAAGCUACUGAUUUUUUUAAGAAUGCCCUGUCACUGACUCUUUUUGUAGGCGAACACAAAGAGGCGGAAAUUUUCGAAUUCUUGGAUUUUUUUUUAGAAUACUCAUUUAUCCUUGUUUCGAAGUUUAUGCCGUGUUCAAAGUAAUUUCAGCGAAUUUCAAAUAUAGAUGCAAAAGUUUCCAUCAAAAAAUUGAGAAUAAUUCUACCAAUGACUGUGUAUGAACCAAAAUGGGCUACAGUAAUAAAAUCGGGGAUCAAUAAUGUCCGAGACUUUCAGCAUCCUUUUUGCGGCUUUUUAGCUCACCAAGAAAGAAAGGCUCAAUAAAGACCGAAAAACGGAACCCUUUCAGCGGCCAUUUUGCCCCUAUUUUCCGCACUUCCGACUUUGGCAGUGAAUGCUCUUCUAGAAUGACCUUAUAAUUCAACUUUUGCAGGUCUCAACGCCGGAUUAGUGCUGCAAUUGGCGGUGAGCGAUCAAAAUGUGGACCCCUUGGUCCGCGACAAAACCGUCGAAGUUCUGGCGCGACACAUCGACGACGCUUUGAUGUAUCAAAGGGAACACGGCGCCCGAAGGAAUAACGUCUACAUUUUUGCCAUUAUUCGUGUUGGUGAGUUGAAAACUAGUACAAUAAAGAUGCGUGGUUUCUUCUUUUGAUUACUCUCUUUAUCCUGUUUUUUGUUUUCAUUAUGUUACUCUGAAGAGAUUUUGGAUCAAGCUAGGCUCGAAAAUUAUGGUCCUUUCAUGAUUUCGAAACAAACGAGGCUCUAAAGACCAUGUCAGUCAAAAAUAAGCGGAAGUGAGAGAGUGACGGUGUUGAAGAGACGCUAGAGAAAGAGGAAUCAGACUUCUUUGCCCUCUCUUGACUAUAGAUGAUCUAUUGUUCUCUUGUUCUCUUGUUUAUUUCGAACCUCAAUUUUUCCAGUCUCUCAUUGAAAAUAUCCAACAAUACUUCCUCAAUUGACGAAUGAAUGCCCUCAGGAAUUGUUUAUUAUAAUUUCCCGGGCCGAAGAGAACAGCUGGUCGUCGCAAUGUUUCUCUUUCGCACCUAGUCUCAUCCGUCUUAAAAGCUUCCUUGAUUUAUUUACGCCAUUAGAAAAGUCAAAAAAGCCAGAAAAGAUAAUCGGUUAAACGUGUAUAUUUUCGUAUCGCUGGGCCAUAGGGAAAAAGCGGAAGUGUCGAAAAAAGGUCCUUUUAUAUCAAGAAUUUCAGUUUUUCCUAGAUUUUUGAAAGCUCAAUGAAGGCUGGAAAAGGACCCAAUAUUAUCAAAAAACUUUUCCAAGCUUUCAGAUUAUUUUUGGAAACCUUGAGGGUUUUUUUCUAACCUACCCGGCAAAAAAGAAGUUCUAGGCAAGUUCUACGGCGCCUACGUUUCCUCUGUCUACCUGUUCAUCAAACUGCUACACCUGUGCAAUGUCGUGCUCCAGUUCGUGCUCCUCAACUCCUUCCUCCAAACCUCAGACUACCCAUUAUUCGGAGCUCACGUCCUCUACGAUCUUUUCAUGGUAAAAACGUCAAAAAACGUGUAGAAUUAUUAAUUUAUAAUCAUUUAAAAAGCAUAGCCACCCGAAUAAUUCAUGAAUUCGUGUAGCCAAUCUCGAAAUGAAAGCGGAAAGAAAAAAAUAUGAGUAAAAAAAGUUACGAUAGCCGUUUUGGGUCUGGAGAAGAAUUUUCUACCCAUUGGAAACCGAAAAAAAGUAGGAAAUUUUUGCUAGAAGACGUCAUACAUGGGAUAGUCUCGUUGGGACCUGAAAAAGAGGAAAAAAACGGGAGACGGAGGGGGUUGGCAAAAAAACGUAAAAAUUUCUUUGCUGUCGCCAGUCAUACUCAUCCCAUGUAUGUAAGACAUGAGAAAAAUCAACUUUUAGGUCAAUUAGUUAGCUAUUUCUUUGUGAACUGUCAGAAAAUUAGCUAAUAUUCAUGAAUUUUUCGCCUCAAACCAGCUUAAGUUUCACUCCUUGCAGAUGUAGAAAAAAGGGAGAUUUUCAAAUUCGGACCUGAAAAAAUAGUUUCAGGGCCGAGAAUGGCGCGACUCGGGGAAAUUUCCGCGAGUGACGCUCUGCGAUUUCGAAAUUCGCGUCCUGGGAAACGUCCAUCGGCACACGGUCCAAUGUGUCCUCGUCAUCAACAUGUUGACCGAGAAGAUUUUCAUCCUUCUCUGGAUUUGGCUCACGGCGAGUUUUCUUCUUUGAGUAUUCCAAUGAGUUUUCUUUGAAAAAAUAUUCCUAUUUUUAGUUCCAGUUAGGGCUUUUUGUUCAAUAUUUGACUAGUUUUGAUUCCAGUUGAGGCUUUUUUUUUUUCUGAAGUUUUAAAAUAUUUAUAAGUUUCAUUGAUAAUUUUAUGUUAAAUUUCUGUAGUGAUAGUGUUUGAGUGAACGAAAAAUUGUUCAAAAGUUAUUUUUUGGACUUCAAAAAAGAGGUAGAGAAUGGCUGUUUUUGAAAGAAAAAUAUCACUUUUUCAAGCCAAUCAGGUUCUUUUUACCUUAGAUAACCUUGUUUUGAAAACACUCUUGCUAGUAGAGAUUGAAGCUCUGAGAAAGCUGAAUAAAUCAUUUUUUUUAUCACGGUUCAAAGUUAUGCUGGUUGAGUUGAGUAGAAGAUCGAAAAUGUGGACUUUUUAGGAUUUUAAAGGGUCUUUUAAGGUCUCAAAGGGCUUUUUGUUAGAAAUGCAUGAAUAUUUCAAUUUCUACAGUUCCUCGCGGCAAUAACGGCCCUCAACUUGCUUUUCUGGCUGGUUUCAUUGGCCUCGUGUACCUGUCGGGAGAAUUUCGUCGCAAAACACCUUGACAUGCAGAGCGAUCAGAUUGGUAACUCGAGAUAUCCCUGAAAUCUCAGAAUAAACUCAUGAAACUUUCAUAGGAAGGUUCACUCAUCGGUUUCUGCGUGCGGACGGCGUCUUCCUGUUGCAAAUGAUCGCCUCUCAUGCUGGGAAUCUGACUUGUGCCAAGGUUUGUAGGGAUUCUGUAAUAAACUUGUAAGAUUUGUACGGAAAAAAGGAUUUUUCAGAAUCGAAUGAAUAGGAUGUUUGUAGAAUAUUUUACUGAGGCUUUCAAAAUUUUCGCCUUACCUUUAAUAACCAACGGCUUCCUUAAGCUCAAGUGGACCCUGUAGAGAUAAAGGGAAGAAACAGCCCCUAUAGGGGCCAAAAAAGUGGAUCCUUUAGUGGUAAAAUUAAGGUGGUCCCUGUAGGGGUUUAGGCUCUGACCCUUCAGACUCCUCAAGCUCAAGUGGACCCUGUAAGGAUCGCAGGAAAAACAGCCCCUAUAGAGGUCCGAAAAAGUGGUCCCUAUAGGGGUAAAAUUAAGGUGGUUUCUAUAGGGGUUUAGGGUCGGACCCCUUAGCCCCUUAAGCUCAAGUUGACCCUACAGGGGUCUUUCAAAUUCAUUCAAAAACGCUUAAUUAUUUAGUUUUUCACAUGAAGAUGCUUCUUCGCAUAGAGUUCAUAAAAAUUAUCGACCAGCAUGUCUUCUAUAGGGCCCACUAACUAAAACCCCUAUAGGGACCAAUUUUGCAAGCUUUAGUUGCCCUUAUAGGUGUUGGUAAAGGGGUCCUUAGAGGGGUCAGGGAAACUCCAAGAGCCCCUAAGUUUCCCCUAUAGGGAUUACUGAUAAAUGAGACUUUUGCGUCUUUAAACAACCUGACAAUCUUUUUUUUACCCGACUGCAGUUUUGAAGAUCGAAAAUGGUGGAUUUAUGAAAAUUUAGGUGACCGAAGCGUUGUGGAUGACGUUCCUGAGGCGUAGCGGCAAGCCGAUGGCCGAGGAGAAGUUAGAAGGUUCAGAAAGAAGUGAUUGGGACAUUGUAAGAAGAGAACUUUUUCAGCUCUUUUCUGAAAAAAGAGCAAGUUUAGAACGACGAGGGCCUCAAGACGUCGAUGAAACGGGGCGAAUCCUGGCACGAACCGUCGCUCCCGCCCCCCAUGGGAUCCUUACCCAGUAGAACCCAUUAUGUUUGA